AUGGAAAAGAUAAACAUUGAUGAAGGUGCUGAUAGCAGUAGAGCUACUAUCAAGAAGUCAGAUAAUUUCAACAAUGUGAAGCCUUUAAAAGCAUCUUACUACUAUAAUGCAUUAGCAGAUACUGAAAAUAAAGAGAGAACAAGUACUCACAUCAUAAAGCAAAUUCAAGAUGUGAUAUUAAUUAUCCAGACUGAACUUAAUAAGCUGCAACACCAACCAAAAAUAGUUGUGGAACUACAAGAACAAGCAACACUUAUCAAGUUCAUUCUAGAAAAGAAGAAACAAAAAGAGAAACACAAACAACAAAUAAACAAAAAACUCUGUCUAAAAUAUGGUCAACCAGAUUAUAAGAUAAAGUUCUGUACAAACAGCUCCAACAAGUCCCAGCAGACAGAUAAAAAGAACAAGAACUAUGUAAAGACUAGAGCUGCAAAGCCCAUGCAAGACCCAGAUCAAAUAUUAGAAAGACAGAGUGUUAAUCUAAUAGAGAAGACAAGCAGGCACAAGCAAGCUGUACUGUUAAACUCAGUGAACAGUAUCUCCUACAAACUGGCAUCCCAAUUGGACUGGGAUCAACCAGAGACACCCAUGGAAGUCAUUAAGAUGUUGAACAGAGCUGAGACUGAUUGA